CGGGGAGCGAGGCGGUGACGGAAGGGAGAAAGAGGAGGAGAAGGAGGCGGCUGCACAGACGGCGGGGACUGCGGCGGCGGAAGGAUCAGCAGCAGCAGCCGCAGCGGGUCCGGGCGCUUCUUCUAAGCGCGCAGAGGCUCCUGCCGCGGCACCGGUAGCCGCCCCUGCUGCAGGAGCAGCAGCUGCAGCAGCAGGGGCGGCUCCGGCUCCUUCGGUACGGCAACCACAGCAGCUGCCGCAGCAGCCGCAGCCGCGUAGGAUUGUACCCAUGCCUGCAGCGUUCCUGGAAGAAGACGAAGAGGCGGCAGCCGCAGCGGAGGCAGAAGCUGCAGGGGCGGCGGCAGGGCCUGGCGGGACGUUGCGGAUCCGGGACAUUGCAGCGGAGGACGAUGACGAGGAGGACGAGGAGGCGUCCGGGUCUGAUGAGGGGGAGGAUUUGGUGGAGAUGGGCGGCGGCCGGUUGCACCGGGGAGGGGUGGCAGGAGGGGCGAGGCUGAUGGGCGUAGCUGCUAUGGAGGAAGAUGAGGAGGAUGAAGAUGAUGAUGAGCAGGAGGAGGAGGGAGAUGAUGAGGAUGAGGGCGAGGAGGGGACGUACGCGGUGGCCGCCGGGCCCGUCAUGCCGCCGGGCUUUGGUGGAGGCGGCGGCGGCGGGGACGCAGCUGCGGAGGCGGAGGGAGAGGCAGGAGGGGACGUGGAUGGGGGCUACACUGCGGCGGCUGGACCGGCGCUGCCACCGGGAAUGGGUUGAGAGGAGGACGGGUUGGUUGGGAGUCGUGAAGGAGCUGGAAGGAGGUGGGGGACGGGAGUGCCCUUAGGAGAGGUCUCCGCGCUUGCAAGUGUGGACAGCGUCUGCUUAGGCUCUUUAUGCACGUGCGUUUGCGGUGUCUAUAAAAGCGGUUGGGGUUUUCUGUGUGGGGUGGUUUGUGUGUGUGGGGGGGGCGCGAUUGGUGGCGAAGCAGGACGUACCUUCACGCUGGCUCCGUGCUCUUUAGGCUGCGUAACCCUAACUAGCUCUGUCAGGGGCUGCUGCCGUACCGUACCGCUAGCAUCCUGUAACCGAUUUUUGCCC